GAUCUAGAACAUCAUUAUUAUGCCAUGCUGGAUUAUUAAGCCCCCGUGUUAGUUGUCGUUAAUCCGCUGAAUUAAUUAGCUGUGGAGGAGCUAGUAUAAUUAAGCUCACCUUGCAGUUUCCUUCCCCAAAAGCAUAAAGCAGCAAGCAGCCUUCUUUAGAUAGACUCGGGAGAGAAAGAGAAGCGUCAUUCAUUCAAACAUGCAUACCCCAUGAUAUGUUAUCAUCAUAUUCAUACCUGCUCUUAAGCACCCUCAACCCAAACAAGAAGCCAAAGAAAAACUAGAGGCCAAGAUCGAGCUAGCUAGCUUCAGAAUAUGGUGGAACCAGGCAGAUCAGCAGCUGCAAGGGACGCCAAGAAGACCACCCCCACCUCCGCUGCCAUGAAGACGAAGCUAACUACGAGGCCGGAGAAGGAGAAGGGCAGCAGCAGCUGCAGGAAGCAGAGCAGCCACUGCACGGAGCCGGAGAGCCCUUCCUACAGGUUAGCGCUCAAGAGCCUCUUCUCCUGCAGAAACAGCCAUGGCCACCAGCAUGCGUCGGCCACGGACAGCAGCAGCAGGAGCCGGGGCAAAAAGCUCGGCUGUUCCGCGUCCAUCUGCAAGGUCAAGGACAACCCCAGCAGCCACAGGGUGAUGCAGCAGAGGCCGCCGGAUCAGGAGGCUGCUGCCGCAGCGGCGGUGGCCGAGCCCUGCAAGCGGCGCGCGUCGGUGAGCGGCAGCAGCAGCGAGCGGUGCGUGAAGAAGCCCCUGAGCGAGGUCAAUGCCAAGCUGCGGCAGGGCGGGACUGGGUCGUCGCUGUCGUCGUCCUCCUCCUCCACGGGAGGCGGGUCGUUCAGGGCUGGAAUGCAACUGCGGAGGCUGUCGGGGUGCUACGAGUGCCACAUGGUGGUGGACCCCAUCAGCGGCGUGUUCAGGGACAGCUCCUCCAUGAGGGCCACCAUCUGCCCCUGCCCCGACUGCGGCGAGAUCUUCGUCAGGCAGGAGAGCCUCCAGCUCCAUCAGUCUAUCAGGCAUGCAGUGUCGGAGCUGGGGGCGGAGGACACGAGCCGGAACAUCAUCGAGAUCAUCUUCCAGUCGAGCUGGCUGAAGAAGCAGAGCCCCGUGUGCAAGAUCGACCGCAUCCUCAAGGUGCACAACACGCCCAGGACCCUCGCCCGCUUCGAGGAGUACCGCGACGCCGUCAAGGCGAAAGCUGGCGGCGCCAAGAAGCACCCGCGCUGCACCGCCGACGGCAACGAGCUAUUGCGAUUCCACUGUGCCACCCUCGCCUGCUCCCUCGGCCUCCACGGUGCCACGCACCUCUGCGACGCCGCCUCCACCGGGUGCGUCGCCUGCGGCAUCAUCCGCGACGGAUUCAAGAAUCUUGCAGGCGAUAAUGGCAUUAAAACGAUGGCGACGAGCGGGCGUGCGCACGACGCCGUCGCGGAGGGCGCCCCCGACGAGCGCAGGGCGAUGCUGGUGUGCCGGGUCAUCGCGGGGCGGGUGAAGCGGCCGCAGGAGGAGGCGGCGGCGUCCUCAGAUGAGUAUGAGUACGAGUCGGUGGCGGGGUCGGCGGGGGUGUACUCGAACCUGGAGGUGCUGCAGGUGUUCAACCCCAGGGCCAUCCUGCCCUGUUUUGUCGUCGUGUACAAGGCUUAAUCAAUCAAUUGCUCUUCCCAUCCCUUUGUCUUGUAGCUUUCUUCUUCUCUUAGGUAACUACUCCCACAAUGGAUGGUGUUCAUUCAUUUGAGUAGUUCUAGUCUUGAUUACUACAACUGCUCGAUUACGAGUGGUACGCAGGCACUUCUUAAGAUUGAUGUGUUGUACUAUAUCU